AUGAAUGAAGGCGAGCGAAGCAAGCAUGAUAUGUCUAAUAAUGCCUAUGGGAAACAAGCCAAAUAUUACAAUCGUAAACGAGGUUCUUGGCAACCAGUUCUUGAAGACCUGGUUAGCAAGAGAGAACAUCACUUGUCAUCCGCGAUUGAUAAUUUUUCGACUGAAUUUACGGAGAAGUUUGCUAUGGGCUUUACCGUAACUAAAAUCGUUGGACCCUCAGUAUUCGAGGUUACCAAGGAAGUUAAACCUUCACCGUGCAUAUCAAAGACUUGA